ACUUUGGCACUUACCGACGACAAUGAGUCUUUUCUUCUUUCUUCUAUGGACAAUCAAACCAAACCCCGGUUAACCGGAAAGGUGUUUAAUUUGAACCGGAAACCAACCGGUCGAACCAGAGAAACUCCUACCUUAACUCUUUUUCCUGAGGUUUGGUUGUUGAAUUCUCAAUCUUUCGUGUUUUUUUUGGAUUUUUAUGUCUCUUUCACCUCCUUCUUCUUCAAUGGCGUUGUUACAUGGUUCGAUUCCUGGUACGUCUGCGGUUCGAUUAGGCUUUUCAACCUCAGCGUCACCGUCGAAAGUUUGUCUCAAUGUUCCGGUGGUGAAGCAGGGUUGGAGGAAUUCGUGCCGGAGAAGGGUUUUAAGAGCAAUGGUGCAGGAAACAGUUUUAGGAUCUCCUUCGGUUUACGCCAGAGAAAUGGAGCGCCUUUCUGCUAAGGAAUCGCUAGUUCUCGCUUUGAAGGAUGCUGGAGGCUUUGAGGCUUUAGUUACAGGGAAAACAACUAAUAUGCAAAGGAUCGAUGUGAAUGAGAGAAUUACUAGUCUAGAGCGGCUUAACCCGACUCCCAGACCAACCACGUCUCCUUGUUUCGAAGGCAGAUGGAAUUUUGAGUGGUUUGGAUCUGGAAGUCCUGGUUUACUCGCUGCUCGAGUUAUAUUCGAGAGAUUUCCUUCAACAUUGGCGAAUUUAUCAAGAAUGGAGAUACUGAUCAAGGAUGCUAACGCAAAGGCGACGGCAAAUAUCAAACUUUUGAACUCGAUAGAAAGCAAAAUCAUUCUGUCAUCAAAAUUGACUGUCGAGGGACCUCUGAGAUUGAAAGAAGAAUAUGUUGAAGGUAUGCUCGAAUCCCCAACAGUCAUUGAAGAAGCAGUUCCUGAACAGCUAAAAGGUGCAUUGAGUCAAGCCGCCACAACGUUGCAGCAGCUUCCUGCUCUUAUCAAGGAUACUCUAGCCAGUGGUCUGAGAAUUCCCCUAAGUGGUUCCUUUGAAAGAUUCUUCAUGAUAUCUUAUCUAGACGAAGAGAUUCUUAUAGUUAGAGAUACCGAAGGAGUGCCUGAAGUUCUAACGAGGAUUGAAACACCAUCAUCUACCGUUGUAGAAACUCUUGAAUACGAUAGUUAGAUGUUACUAGCCAUUGUUCUUGUUCCUAUGUUCUUUCUGCGUUAAUACAAGAACCAACCACCAAGUUGGUGUCUGUAAAUGUUUGAAGCUAAUAACUUUAACCAUACAUUAAAACCUCUUCCUUCUCUUGUGUUCGUUCGGCAAUCUUCUCAACUUUUCCAAGUACUUGCAGAUUCUCUGUUUU